GAUACUCCUAGUUUGUUAUGGCGCCCAGCAAAGGCUCUGUCAAGGGGGGCGCAACCCCCCUCGAGCGGCCCUCCGACGACGACGACGACAAACCAAAGGAAAGCAAGCACGGCAUCCCGUACAACAGCGCUGGUGGCGGAGAGGUGUACUCAGAUGGCACCAUCGGCAGUUUCCUCAGCAGCGUGCGCACUUUCUUCGUGGAGGAGCGCCAGCGACCGAGCUUGCAAUCUACGAUGGUGAUAGGCCCCGACUACCACACACGCCACCCCCAGUGGAUGGAAGACAAGUUGGUCGCCAUUAACGGGUCGCCGCUGACCGAUCUGGAGCGCCGCGACAGCACCCAUUGGUCCAAUAAGUACCGCAAGGAGCUCGACGUGGCGGAGGCGGUGCAAGAGGUGAAACGACAGCGUCGGUACGAGGUGGACCACGACGUGCUUGGCUACGUAGCCCGCAUGCGUCGCUUCUUGGGGCUUUCAAUGCCGUUAGAUGAGGACUACGCCGUCCAGCACGUGAGGGCGCGACACAAGUUGGAGGAGGAGGCGCGUUGGUUGCAAGCGAAUGCCGAUGCGGCGUCGGGGGAGGCCCGCGACACCGCAGGGGAUGCUGCCGCUGCUCCUGCUGCUACGGCGACGAACCAUGGAGCGGCUGCGUCACCGUCGCCGUCUUUGCCGCCGGGCCACCCUGUCGGGGUGCUGCCGCGUGGGGAGAGCCCUCUUUUGUCGGAGCUGAAAAAGCGGCCCCGCCCGCAGGAUAGGCCGGACAAGCACAAACUCGGCUUCUUCAGUGCACCGUGGCAGGCCUUGAUGGAGUCCGUCGAGACGGGGAAGCCCUUAACGAAGGUGGUGAACGAGUACCGCCCGCGCGUCGACUUCUACGGCCUCGACGCCUUCCUUGACGCCACCCCUUCCUUUGUCUGGUUCAGCAUGAAGUGCGGCAUCGCAAUUGGCCUCUUCCAAGGCACCGUAAAGGCAGUCCAGGCGGUGAACGUGGACGUGCAGUUUCUGAAAGCCUCCGGCGUCGGUGUGCUCUCCAUCUUGAACAUGUCCGUCUUUGCGAGCGUCGUGAAAUGGGGCGGCAACACCACGCUCUUCGCCAUCGCGUUUUGCAUGGGGGACCGACUCAUGAAACGGAUAAAGCAACACACGUUACCGCCACACGAUGCGCAGCACCGCUCUACCGCGAAUUACGUCCUCGGGCUCUCGUUUUCAGGGGCGAUGGUCGGCGUGCUGCCGUGGUGGGUGUUAAACGACGUAGGGCUGGCGCUGCGCAUGGCCACGUCUGGCUUGGCGGUGGGAGGGGCACUGGGUCUGAUGGUGGGCCUCAGCGUCGAUAAAUUGGUGGCGCUCAACACAUCGCGGUUGGACGCCACAAACCGGCAGCUGCGCCGCUACGAAGCGCUCAUGCACCGUCAGCGGGAGUGGGUGGAGGAGGAGCGUAGCAAGUGCACGGGCUCCUCCUACGUGUGGUGGUGA